AUGCGUACACGUGUUGCCCUACUGUUGUUCGACGUUGCUGAACGACAGCCCUUGCUACUCACCCGACUGCGUGUGAUCUUGAGAGGGCGUGCCGCAGCCGCCGAACGUCUGACCAUCCCAGAUGCCUCGUUUACAUUGUCAUGCUACAAUGACGCCGACUGUUUGGACAAGUUCCGAUCCAACAAAACGGACAUUGGACGACUUGUUGUCGGUCUGGCGUUACCUGAUGUUGAUUGUCGUGAACGAACGGCACGCACCAAAAUCGAGGCCGUUUGCGUCCUGCUCCGACGUUGUGCUGUGCCCGACAGGCUAGCGUGCAUGCACCACAACAAGGUUGGCGUUCAAGUGUGGCGGACAUCAGCUCAUUUCGAUGAUGCGACGAUUGCCGAGUGGUGUGGCGCCGGCACUGGCGAACAACCGGUCACACUGCGACGCGAAACUGGCCUCGAAGACGGCGUUUUUGUCGGGACGGUGAUUGCUGCAACUUCGUCGUUUGUGUAA